AUGCCGGCUGCCCCAAGACAAGCGGGUGGACGACGUCCCAAGAACGCCGUUCGCACCGGCAGCAUCCACGAUGUGUCUGCAGCCGAUUCUCGCUGCGGCAUGGAGGACAAUGCAAGAACUCCGCCUGAACCGGCAACAUCCACGAUGCGGCCAGCAGCCGCCUCUCGCUGCGGCGUGGACGAUGCAAGAACCCCGCUUGCACCAGCAGCAUCCGCGAUGGGUCCAGCAGCCGCCUCUCGCUGCGGCGUGGACGACGCAAGAACCCCGCUUGCACCAGCAGCAUCCACGAUGGGUCCAGCAGCCGCCUCUCGCUGCGGCAUGGACGACGCAAGAACCCCGCUUGCACCAGCAGCAUCCACGAUGAGUCCAGCAGCCGCCUCUCACUGCGGCGUGGAGGACGAUGCCAGAACCCUGCUUGCUCCGGCAGCAUCCCCGAUACGACCUGCCACCUCCUAUCUCUGUUGGGCAAAAGGGUUGUGCGACCACACUGCAUCCAGCUGCAUCUCUCUUGCGACCUGCGGCAUCCUGGCACGGCAGGACAACGGCUGCCAGGACGCCACACGCACCGGGACCGGCAGCAAACACAUUGCACCUGCCUAG